GGGAACCACUACAUACCUUGUUAAAUGCAAGAAUCAAUCAUCAAUUAGAUAUCUUCUUCUUCUUCUUGUUCUUCUCAAAAAUCUUUAAAAAUGGAGUGGGAAUUGAACUUUUACAUGCUUUGUUCUACUAUAGUUUUCUUAUUAGCUUCGACCCUCUUAAUUUCCCAAAAGAUAUUAUCUUCUUCUAAGUACGAGUUACCUCCAGGACCAAAUGGAUUGCCAAUUUUUGGCAACAUGUUUGAUCUUGCUGGAUCAGAGCCAUACAAGAAAAUUGCUAGUUUAAAAGACAAGUAUGGUCCUGUUUUGUGGCUAAAAAUUGGUUCCUCAAUGAACACAAUAGUUGUUCAAACAGCAAAAUCAGCAUGUGAGUUAUUCAAGAACCAUGAUGUUUCAUUUUCAGACAGGAACAUAGUUGAUGUCAAUUUGGUACAUAAUGUCUAUCAAGGGUCAAUGUCUUUAGCCCCAUAUGGAAAUUAUUGGCGAUUUUUGAGGCGGAUUUGCACUAUGGAAAUGUUUGUACACAAAAGGAUCAACGAGACAACAACCGUUAGGCGAAAAUCCAUGGAUAAAAUGCUCGGAUGGAUCGAAAAAAAGGCGAGUUCGGGUGGAGGAGGAGGAGUAGAGGGGAUUGAGGUAACACGUUAUGCGUUCCUCGCAUCGUUUAAUAUGUUAGGUAACUUGAUUCUGUCUAAGGACUUAGUGACGGAUCCAGAAUCUGAACAAGGGUCAGAGUUUUUUAACGCGAUGAAAGGGAUCAUGGAGUGGGCCGGGGUUCCGAAUAUUUCGGACAUAUUUCCAUGUCUUAAAAUGUUUGAUCUACAAGGUUUAAGGAAGAAAAUGGAACGUGACAUGGGAAAGGCUAAGGAAAUUACUUGUGGAUUUGUUAAAGAACGUAUUGAAGAAAGGGAGAAGCGUGAAGAAAAGAGAUCAAUGAAAGAUUUGUUGGAUGUGUUGCUCGAUUUUGAAGGUAGUGGAAAAGAUGAACCAGCAAAAUUAUCAGAAGAUCAGAUCACAAUGACUAUAAUGGAAAUGUUUCUAGCUGGAACCGAGACAACUAGCACCAGCAUAGAGUGGGCAUUGACUGAACUCUUGCGCCAUCCACAAGCUAUGGCUAAAGUCAAAUCAGAAAUUUCACAAGUAAUUGGUCCUAAUAAAAAGUUUGAAGAGUGUAACAUAGAUAGUUUACUCUAUAUGCAAGCCGUGCUAAAAGAAUCACUACGCUUACAUCCUCCACUCCCUUUCUUGAUUCCAAGGAAAGCAAUUCAAGACACAAAAUUCAUGGGGCACGACGUACCAAAAGGGACUCAAGUACUUGUGAAUGUCUGGGCAAUUGGAAGAGAUCCUGAAUGUUGGGACGACCCUUUUGAGUUCAAGCCCGAGAGAUUUCUUGAAUCAAAAGUAGAUGUUAAGGGGCAGAAUUAUGAGUUAAUUCCAUUUGGCGCGGGCAGAAGGAUGUGCGUUGGCCUUCCUUUAGGUCAUCGCAUGAUGCAUUUCGUGUUUGGCUCGUUGCUUCAUGAAUUUGAUUGGGAACUUCCUCAUAAUGUUUCUCCUAACACCAUUAACAUGGAAGAGAGUAUGGGACUUACAGCAAGGAAAAAACAACCUCUGGAAGUGAUACCAAAAAGAGUUUGAAAUUAGUCAAGUGUAUUUAUAGUAUUUCUCAUGAUGUGGUAUCAUAUUGGUUUGGUUAAAAGUCUUUGAGAUUGGUAGUAGAUAUGGAUUUACCCAAACAUGUCUUGAAAUUCUUGGGAAGAUUUUGAUUUGCUGUGAGCGUUUAUUGAAAUAUUACAUAGUAGUGUUUGACCAAAAAGAAAA